AUUCAAGCUGUGUAAAAGUAAAGGAGCUUCCUCAGUAUACUCCUGCUUCACGUACAAUACACAAGGUUUUAUUGUGAAUGAAAAUGGCUGCUAUAGGACUGCUUUGUCUCUGCCUUCUAGUAACAUUGGUUGGAAGCUAUCCUUUGGCGGAUGUGAGAACAAGCUCUGAAGGACCAAUAUGCACACCACCCACUAGGGGGGUAACAAUUGCAGAUGACCUAAAGGAACAUAAGGAAGACACAAAGAAUGGCGCAAUUACUCCUCGUUCUUUAAAAUCGCUUUUUGGACUUGAAAUAGGUGGAAAUAUAUUAGGAAUCAAUGCAGGUGAAGGUAUCAGUGAUGGCCGCGGAGGCUGGGGAGAAGUGGGCAUGCAUUCAGGACAUCCUGUAUAUGACCCAUAUUACGAGGAACCAAAUAACUACUACUAGUAGUUCUGCCGUCAUUAGUCCUUGCAAUGCAAAUGCAUGUUGUGUACUGUCAUAGAUAAUAUGAAAUCAUUAAAAAUAAAAAUAAAUACAUCCAA